CCGGUCUGAAGUCCCGGAUCCGCGCCGGACGUCGGUUCUCCUGGACCAUGAUGGGCUGGGCCGGGCUCCGCCCACUCUCCACGGCCACGCCUUCAUUAUGCAGGCUGGCUCAGGUAAGUGGUCGCAUCAAGAUAAACAUCACUGGAAAACUGACGGAGGUAAGAAUUCAAUAUAACAUGGUCCAACUGGGGCAGCUCUUAGUGCUCUAAUGUGCACACCUGGCGUGACCUCUACUUCAUUACUCACUUCCGAGUUCACGCUUAUGGCGAACAGACAGUAGGAUAAAGCAUCCGGCCGGAUAGAAUAUACUAUCCGGGUAGGAUACUCUAUAUGGGGAUACUUUGUACUGGGACACCUGAUCUGGACGACGCAAUUGGUCGAACACGACACGAAUGGCUCUCACGUUGACUGUGUUUACUUUCUUGGUUUUUCGAUUAGCUCAUGCAACUGAUAAAGAGCCACAUGAGCAACGGAAGAAUCCAGGAGAGAGUUGGCUCGAUACUGACUUCUACCCUACGUUUCACAACAAAGAAGCUAUCACGCCCGCACAGUCAGACAAUUCUAAAUCGGAACCGACUAAAUCUCAAGCGCCAUCGACGAAGGAUACGAAGCAACACGAAAUUUCAAAGCAAUGCGUGGGCGCGGAAGGAAUAUACACAUCCGGGUGUCCAUUGCUGAUGUCCCAUUACCGAAGAUAUGUUAGUGUUUUAGUAAAUAUGCUGGAUGAGAAACGUAUCGCCGCUGGAACGGAUUUUAUAAUUUACUGCAAUUUGGAAGAGACAAAAUUUCAGUUGCUCAAAAAUUUUUCUCGUGACCAACAUGUUGCAAUUCAAGAAGUGAAUCUCGUGCUCGAGAAGAUGAUCACAGACGUGAGCACGACCAGUGGUGAACACGUUCCACCGACAUUACUGUUUGGUUUCGAUAGAAUGACAUUGUUGGGAAUGCUGACAACAGUCGUGAUCUGCAUUGUGUCCGUUCUACUCUCCUUUUGGUUGAUUAUACAAAUCAGUCGUGUCCCUCUGCUACCUGUUUGGAAAUAUUUUGUCGGCUUUGUCUUUCUUGUUUUGAUAGCUAGCACUGUCAUCGAGUGGUUCCACCUCUAUCAGACGGCAGUCGCCGAGAAGAUGUCAACUCAAGCGAAAGAUAUUCCACCAGAGUGUACUGCAGAAGGGGCCACGGGGUGGACGACUCUUGCCAGCUGGAUGAAGUCUACGUUCACUCUAUCUGAGGAUGCAUGUCUUAAGUAUUACCAAGCUGUUGCUAUCGAUCCAAUAGUAAGAUCGAACCCCACAAAAGCUCUGGUUAUUUCGUUCACUCAUGUCAUCGUGGAGCCGAUGAAGAUGAUAUUUAGUGGACUCGGUGUUGCAUUCCGAGGUCUUCUGCAGCCACUUCCUGUUCAGUGGCAACCUUUUGUCUUCAUCGUUGCUAUAUUAUUGCUUGUUUUGUUUCUCAUAAUGGUUAUGCGUUAUUCACUCCGCUUAUCAGUAUUGUUCAGUCUUGUUCCAGCACUAACAGAUGGUAAAGAAAUGAAGGACAUGCUUCUUCAGCUGAAGGAACUGAAUCGAGCACUCCAAGGGCAAAUACAAAGCCUGCAGGCCAUGAGACCGUUACUAGCGAUUAAGGAUACUGAACAUCCUGCGAACAAAAGUGCAGAAUUGCUGACAACCGUACAAGAAAGCCACCUGAAUAUUCCACUUGAGAAUGAUUUUGAUACGAAAGCAAAUGUUGUUGAUUCGAUUGGAGCUUCGGUGUCAGGGCAGUAACGGUCGACUACUCUAUGUUUUGUAAUUGCGCUGAUCUCUUGUAAUUGAAUAUCUAGAUCAUGUAUAUGUUUUAUAACUGUGCACUUCUCUGCAUUUGAGUAUCUAUCUAGGGAUAUCGUAUUCGUACACGAAAACAAAUGAAACACAGUUCUAUGCCAACUGG